AUGGAUGAGAUCCAGUCGAUGCUGGCUAGAUCAGCCGAUGCAUUCUCUUCCGGUGACUUCAAGGACGCCUACUUUUAUUCUCUCGAUAUCAUUGAUGCCGCUGCUAUUGAACUUCGCAAAGUCAAAUUCAUUGCCAAUGUUGCCAUAACAUCAAACACAACAGCAACACUCAUUUCUAUCACACGGUCUAGUGUAGCAUAUGUCCAGGAUAUUCUCUCAAAACAAAAUGCAGCUGUUGCAGCCGUAUCAGAGCCACCGAUUCUUCCUCGUAAAAUCUCGCUGUCCAAACACUCCAACAGGAUCACAUCAGGACAGACAAAGACGGUGACCAUGUUGACGGAGCAAUUGCGAGCCACGACAUCUGAUCCCAGCAGUAUAGAAUCGUCCUCACCAUUUUCUUCUCGAACUUCUUCUUUCUCUACCAAAUCUCUGGCCACCACUACUAAUCUAUCCAGUUCGCCACCCUUGAAUCGUACCACUCUCUCAGUACCAACGCCAGGGCUUACACCAACAAUCCCACCAAAACCUACACGGAGACCACCGCUUCCUAUAGUAUCACCUACGCCUACAAAUCGUAGUCCGGUUCUAGGAUUUACAGAAAACGGAACUAUGCCAUCAAUAGGAGGCGAUAUUGUGAAUCACAGCCUAGCACGCAGCAGUAAUACUAGUAGUUUGCCGCGACCGCCAGAUCAUCAUCAUUUAAGACCCCAAUCAAUGCCUGUACAGCAUUUGAGCAUAGAAGGACUCGAGUCGAAACCACCCUUACCGCCUAAACCAGCACGUUUGUACAGAAAAAUCCAUGAUAUCAAGACAGAGGAGCACUCAUUGGAUGAAGAUGAAUCCGACGAAGAUGAGGACGAAGAUGAGGACGAAGAUGAAGACGACGACUUGGAAGGCCACGUGUUCUCGCCAACCUUAACCCGGAGGGCAUCUUCUCCAAGCAUUGCAAUACCUACCCCCACGCGGCGACCCGGAACUCCUUUGUCAGUACCAACGUCGCCAACACUGUCGCCUUCAAGUAUCUCUUCUAGCAUUUCAUCUGUUGAAAGAUCUCGUUCAUAUACCCUUCCACAAUAUGCAUCACUUAGCCAAGGCAACACUUUUUUUACAGUCAUUCCUGAUGGAAGUGUUGAUCCCACCAAUCUAACUGAGGCUGAACGUAUUAGUGGCGAUAACGAGGAUCAACUAGAUCAAAAAACAUAUGGACCCAGUGACCAUAUUCCACUCAUCCCAGUGACACCACUUAGGACGAUGCACCGCACGCUAGUGGAGAAGGAGAAAUCGUUUUCAACCAAAUUGGCGGAGACGAAGCAAAAGCUGCAGGAGAAGACGAUCCGACUAAACAGUGGCGAGAUUAGGAUUAAGCAGGACUCUCAGGACGAUGACAAUGAUGAUGAUGAUAUCCAGACUCUCCAGGAUAAUCUCACAAAGUACACGUCAAUGAUCUCCAACGUCAUGGCUACCAUCACCAAGGUGCGAGAGCUUCUCUAUCGAUCUGCCAGUAUCACUUCGAUCCUUGAAUUCCCCGCUUACCUAGUCGCCUAUCAACUUACUCUCAUUGAAUCAGCCAUCUUUUUGGAGAUUCCACCUUCAGCACUUUUGACACAUUCACCAAAGACGCCACACCGCAGCAUCACAGCCUCAACUGACUUUUUCAACUAUUUAACGCGCAUGAUCGAGUACUCGGUUUUGUUCCCGCCUGAAGCCUCUGGACGGGCACAGUGUAUGCAUUAUUGGGUCAAAGUCGCAGUCAAGCUUCAUGAGCUGGAAAACUUCCAGACUUUGAAGGCAGUCCUCUCAGCGCUUGGUACGCCACCUAUAAAACGACUUAAGCGGACGUGGAGUUUCGUUCCCCGGAAGAGCAUGCAUAAAUUGGAGACAUUAUCGGAGCUUAUGAGUGAAGCUAGGAAUUAUGGAAAAUACCGUGAGAUGAUGAGUAGUUUGAAUGCAGGCACCAUGCUAUUAUCACCUGCUGCAGCUACUGUCCCGCAUGGGCAUUCCAACUCUGCACCAGCAUCAAAAAUGGAUAUCCUGAGUCUCAACGGCAUGAGCAGUAGCUUAUCGAAUUUGGGUUUCAGGAGCAAGGAUGUUGCAAGACGACCCAUGGUACCCUUCUUGGGAACGUUCAUCAUGGACAUUACGUAUUUGUUGGCAGCUGUCAAAAAGAGUAAUAAUUCUGCGCCACCAAUUUCAUCUCAAAUACCAGCGACCUCUAGCCUACGUGAGAAGCCAGCUCCGUCAACCUUGUCGUCGUCAUCAUCACCUUCAGUUAGCUCUCAUUUCGCACCCGAGGAUGAUGCACGGAUACAAGAUCUUUUGAUGGAUGCACGGAUAAAGGAUCUUUUGAAUACACUGACAGACUACCAGUUAGGACCGAAGUACUCUUCUCAACCACCGCGAUCGUACAUCAAAGCUGCCACUAAAAAUCAUCAUCACUUCCGAGCCCCGUCAUUUUCAUCAGCCUUGCAUAGAACAGCUAAAUACCGGACGUCAUCAGUUGAUCGACAGAUCGGAGCCAAUAUUACACAUCAGUCUUCAUAUGAAGAAGAAGAUGAUGACGUUUCUGGAAAUGGUUUACGUCCUACACAGCAAUUGAUUCUACAUUACCUUCUGACGCGUCCGUGGGUUCCAGAAAGGAUGGUGGAUGAGUUGAGCACAAUUCGCGAGCCAUCCAAGAAUAAGAACGCAUCAUCAUCUGGCUCUGGACCCAGAACAAGUGCAGGGAGCUCGACGGCGCAUAGCUGGCCAGCAGGCCCUAAUGGUGGUGGUGGAUCAAUGUAUAGCCUAGUAUCGACGACAAGUUCGAUUCAGCGAGGAAGCACGGGUAGUAACAGCGGCGAUGGCGGACAGAAUGGAAGUGGCGGUAGUUCGCGACCUACGAGCGUCGACGAAUGA